UACCGGCACCACGCUCCCGGUACCGGUACCGGCACCCUCCGUUCUGGCACCGAAGUCCCCCGCACAGACUCCGGUACCGGCACCGCGGCCCUGCUGACGGUACCGGCCAGCCCGGGCCGCACCGCCCGGGGUCGCGGCUUUCUCCGGUCCCACUCUGUUGUUCCUCCGUUCCCCCGUGUCCCAAUAAACGCCGGUGCCCGCCCAGCGCCGCUCCCGUCCCGCCUGUUCCGCGACCCCGCGCGGCGCCUUUAAGAGCGGCGGGGGCGGAGCCUUGGGGAAAGGGGCGGGGUUUUCUCGAUGACGUGUCCGGGGUGUGGCGGAAGUGCGGCCGGAACAGAGGUGUCGGUCUGUCUGUCCGUCUGCGGUCCAGGGGGCCCCUCCCACAUGAGCCCCCGCCCGGGAUGAGCUCCAAGGCCAAGCGGGUGCUGCCCACCCGCCCCGAGCCCCCCAGCGCCGAGCAGAUCCUGGCCGACGUGCAGGGCACGCUGCCCUCCGACCCCGUGUUCGUGCUGCCCGCCGAGCCCCCCCAGGAGCCCGGCCCCGCUCCAGGCUGCCCCGAGCCCGCGGCCGAGGAGCGGGAGCGGCUCUACCGGCAGGUCCGCUCCUACGUGGGCAUGAAGCAGCGGCUGCAGCAGUCCCGGGAGCGGCUGCGGGAGCGGCGCCGGGAGCUGCAGAGGGUCGGGGAGGCGCUGGAGCGCGGCAUCGCCGACAUGCGGCAGAAGGCGUUCUGAGGGACGCGCCGCGCCGGGGUUUCACCUUCCCAAAGCCG